CUGCAAACCCCUUUUGCCUGCAACCUCUUCCUCCAGUUUCUGGCCAAGGGAGGGAGCGGAUCACAGACCAACCAAGAGCGUCCCCUCAAAAUGAGCAUCUCUGGGAUUCUGCAAUGCAGGAGAGAAAAGGCAGAGAGGACUGAGCAGGGUGGACUCGGCUUUGCAAGGGUUAAAGGGAACUGAGCUGCAUUCCUAGAGAGGACAGGAAGUAAAGGGGGGCCAGGUCCUCCAGAGGAAAAGCCCCUCCCUCCCCUUCCUGCAAGCGGGGGGGGGGGUUGCUUUCCUCUGCUGCAAAUGCUGCAUUGUUCUCUUCCACGGGAAUCUGGAUUUGCUAGAGCUUCUCAUUCAGACUGACAGAACUUGGCAGAAGACCAAAGGGUUCCUUCCCAUCUCUCAGAGGCUUCCUGAGAGCACAGAUGGAUGAGCGAGACACAGCUGGCCCUGAAGCAGGAAGAGGCCAUGUCAUCCAAACUGGGAGCAGUGGGGGAUUCUUGGAAAACUCUGUGCAGAAGAUCCUGGGUGAGGAGGAUACCCACUCCUCAGAGGUGCAGAGCCAGCAGUUGAGGCAGUUCUGCUUCCAGGAGGCCAAAGGACCCCGAGAGGUUUGCAGCCGACUCUACCACCUUGAUCAUCAGUGGCUGAAGCCAGAAAGGCACACAAAAGCUGAGAUGGUGGACCUGGUGAUCUUGGAGCAGUUCCUGGCUGUCCUUCCACCAGAGAUGCAGAGCUGGGUGAGGGACUGUGGAGCGGAGACCAGUUCCCAGGCGGUGGCCCUGGCCAAAGGUUUCCUCCUGAGUCAGGCAGAGGAGAGAGAGCAGGCAGAGAGAAAGCAGAAAAGGGAUCAUUUUGCAGAAAUGGACCUGGAUUCCUGUGAGGCAGAGAGGCCUCCGUUGGACACCAGAGAGAGGCCACUGGGUGAAAGAAUGAUGCCAGCAAGACCUCCUGAUCUGCCUUUUCAUGGGAGCAGAAGGGAAGCAGCGGCUGUGGAACCAGAUCAGGUCAGGGGCAGCUGCCUUGUGGGGACAGAGACCGAGGGAUGGAGCAAUGUCAUGGACUGGUUGGGCACAGAGGAAUGGUGGGAGGAAGCAGCCGGGGAACCAGGAAGGGAAGACGGCUCAGAGCCGAAGGAGUGGAGGUAGAGGAAGGAUGGGCGG